GUAGAUCUUGAUCAUGAAAACGUUUGUUUGCAAAAGUUCUUAGGUACGUUGUGAACUUGAAACGGUGUUGAAAUUCACAUCGUAUUAUUUCACUGACGACUCCUUGAAAUCAUAAUAUGUAUGAGCCCCAGGAAAGGCAAGAACAAAUUAUAGAAGCGAUCAAAGAGAACAAUUUGUCAGCACUAGAAAAGUUAAUCUGCCAAGAUAAAGUGUCUCCUAACUUCUACAUCAAUAAUACAAGCCCUAUGUGCACAGCAGCAGAAGAAGGAAAUGAUGCAGUCCUAGCUAUUCUUCUCCGUAGUCAUUGUAUUCUCGACACUUCAAAUGUGCGGCAUGACGUAUGGCAACUACUGCCAAUACACACUGCAGCAUCUAAAGGACAUGGUGCAUUCCUAAAGCUACUUCUUGAACAUAUCGAAGAUGUCAAUGUUAAAGACAGUGAUGGACUCACUGCCCUGCACUGGGCAGCUAGGUCUGGAUAUGAUAAUAUAGCAGAAAUGUUGUUAAAAGCAGGGGCCAAUGUGAAUGGUGCUCAGCGCAAUGGCUUUACCCCUCUCUUUUUUGCGACUUAUACUGGACACAUUGAAGUUUAUCGUGUUUUGCUAAAAUAUGGAGGAGAUGCAAUGAUUUGUGAUGAAGAAGGAUGGAAUAUUAUCCACACAGCAGCUAGUUAUGGGCAUUUUCAGAUCUUGAAACUAAUGUCGCUCUCAGGACCUUGUUUAUCAUGCAGAACAGUAAAUGGAGAGAAUGCCUUGCACCUUGCAGUAGAUGGUGGUCAUCUCCAUAUUGUCAAGCACCUUGUACAGUAUGGCAUUCCAUUGAACACACAGACAAAAGAAGGAUUUACAGCUCUCCAUCUCAGUGUACAAUUCAACAGGCCAGCUGUCUUUAAAUUCUUACUGCAGGCAGGAGCUAAUAUGUAUAUUCUCAACAAUGAAGGGCAAAGUAUAUGUUAUUUAAUUGCACUCAAGAUGGAUCCAACAUUUAUAGAAUUACUUGUGGAUGCUGGCUACAAUUUUAGUACAGAAGAUUGGAUUCUUAGCAAUUCAUUCCCAGCUACUAACAAUAAAACGGAGGUCAUGAAAAAUUAUAUGAGAAGUGUAGCACAGAAUCCACUAACUUUAUUCCAUCUUUGUCAGUUGAGAACUGCUCGCUUACUUGGCUGGAACUUUGAAACUCUUGCAGAUUCUUUACCUCUUCCACCAUUCUUAAAGGAUGUUAUAAAACAAACUGGACCAUAACUUAUAGAUAUGAUCAAUGAAAUAAAUAUAUUCAAUGAGAAGACAUACUGGUACAUGCUAAUUUUUCAUUUAUAACAUUUUCAUAUGGAGUUGCAUUGUUAAUCAAGCUCUAAUGAUAAUAGAUGUCACCUGUUGCUUUAGGCCGCAAAUUAUAAAGGCUCUUCAAGUAAAGUUUCAUGAUGGCUAAAAGCA